UGCCUCUCUUACCUCUUCCAAACUUGAUAAUGUACCUUAGUUAUGCUUUCCAUCUCACUAAAAUUUUUGUACUUAUGGGUUCUUAGAACAAGGAGUUGAUGGAAGAAUGAUCCUAAGUAUUGUAGCAAACUCUUUUGAGUGCAAUGUUACUUUAUUUAUUGUCUUGUCGUGAAGUGGCUUUAUGUGGUUGUUUAAUGAAAGUCUUUAAGAACAGGAUGAAAUUGAAAAAAGCUGUAGUUUCUACAGUUCUAAGUGGUUCUUAGUCUCAGCUUUUUGUUAUUGCCAUCCAUUUCAGUUUUGCUGUUAAGUCUCUGAGGCCAGUAUAAGAAUAAUAUUGCCAAAGUGGUCUGUACUAAAAUCAGUCCUUAAAAUAAUUGUUUUAAUGUAACAGCUGAGCAGUUCAUAGUGAGCUGUCUGCCAUGUUUGGAAAUGAGCAGGAGGGAUUUGGCACUAAAAGUGCAAAAGUAAUUUUUGCUGCCAUAAUACAGAGUAUUCUGAAGCUGUGCCUUGUUAAUUCCCAGUUUGUUUUUCCAGUAAGCAGUCAGUCAAAGGUUUCCUUGCCUGGAGCAUAUGUGUGUGUUAACUCUUAUGGCUCUUGAUGCAUACUCUAAUGGGCUUGUCUAAUUGUUUUUUAAUCUUCUAAUAUUUUUAACCUUUAAAUCACCUAUAUCAGGGAACUGUGACUUCUCAGUAUUGUGUGGGAAGGUUCUCAUGCUCUCAAAAGAGAACCAGCUAAUAUAUAGCAAGGUGUUGGUAGUUGUGGUUCUUUUUCUUCAUGUGCAUCACUUUGCAUUUACAAAAACCAAUGAUUGCACUCUAGUGACUUGGAAUUCUAAGACCCUUUUGAUUUUGUAGUCAACUUUUAUUUCUGAUGUGUUCUAGCACACAUCCCAAUGGGACUCCCACUGGUGACUCCUUGCUUCCAUAUAAGCUGGUUAUCAUUUUUAACUUUGGUGUUUCUAAGCUAUUUUGGUGCUACCAGCCGGUCCAGGGAAGUGAUUGGUUCUCUCUGCUCAGUACUGGUGAGGCCAUUCCUUGAAGUACUGUGCCCAGUUCUGGGCUUUUUUGUACAGGCUUACGGGUAUACUGGAGAGAGUCUAAUGAAGGUCCACAGAGAUGAUCAAGUGACUGAAGCAUUUCUCAUAAGAAAUACACUAGUCUCUUUGCAUGACUUGUGAAACGUACGGUGUUCACAAGCAGAGCAGCAAGCCAUUAUUACCCAAACGACUGUAUGAGGAGACCAGGAUUGUUGUCAUUUCUUCAGCCAUUCUGCACUUACUUCACAUAUAGACAUACUCAAUGUACUGUGAGCUUAAUGAAAUAUUCAGUACAUUGUCUUAUCUAAGAGCAGCAGAGAGCAGCUACCCCAUUGCUAACUGCAUCUUAAGAGGGAACUGACCGCUCUGAUGUGCUUGGCAAUUUAUUGCGUCAGUAUAGAUGUAAUGUUUGUCCCUGUCUGUCACUCAUAUCUUCAAGAAGGAGGAGCCAGGGAACUACAGACCAGUCAGCCUCACUUUGAUCCCUGGGAAGGUGAUGGAGCAGGUCAUCCUUGAACUCAUUUUCAGGCACAUGAAGGACAAGAAGCUCUAGAGUAGACAGCAUGUCUUCACCAAGGGGAAAUUGUGCUUCACUGACCUUAUAAAUUGACAUGUUUUCUAGAUCAGGGGAGAGCAGUGGCUAGUGUCUGAGAGGGGAUAAGAUCUCUGACACCGUUUCCCAUAAUAGCCUCAUCAUAGCCCAUUAGGCUGGUGCUGUAGGGGCUGGAUGGGCAGACAGUGGAUCAAAAACUGGCUGAAUGGCUGGGCCUUGGGUGUGAUGAUGAACACUGUGCGAAGUCUGGUUGGAGACAAGUAGAUAAUACUACCCUAGGGGGAGACAGAGAGGACUGCACAGUGGGUCUAGUCUAGUUUAGCAUCUUGUUAGUGAUCUGCAUGAUGGGGCAGAGCCUACUGUCAGCAAACUUGCCAAUGGCGCAUGUGUGGCUGGUGGGCCAGAGGGGCAUGCUGCUAUCCAGCACAAGCUUGACAGGCUGAAGAAAUGAGGUAACUUCUCAGCAAGGAGAAGUGUGAAGCCCAGCACCUGAUGAGGAACAAUCACCAGUGUGUGCUAGUGGACAGCAGCUUGGGAUGAUUUCAUGAUGUGAGCCAACGAUACACACUGGUGGCAAAGAGAUACCAGUAUCUUGGUUUUCAGUGAGUUUUGCCAGCAGGCUGAGGGAGAUGCUAUUCUCUUCUGCUCAGCACUUCCGAUGCUACCCCUGAAAUACUGUGUUAGUUCUGGACUUUUCAAUACAAGAGAGACAUGGAUAUAUGGGACUGAGUUCAGUGAAGGACUGUGAAGAUGAUUAAGGAAUAGGAAGGCUGAGAGACAGAAGGCUGAGAGAACUGGGACCAUUAAGUCUAGAGAAGAAAAGACUCAGGGGUGGUAUUACUGACGUCUGUAAAUACCUGAAGGGAGCGUGUAAAGAAAAAAGAACCAGGCUCGCUUCCUUGGACCUCAGUGAUAGGACAAGAGGCAAUGGGAACAAACUAAGACAAAGAAGGUUAUGUUUCCUGUGAACAUCAGGAAACACUUUUUGCUGUGAGAAUCACUGAGUACUUCCAUAGAUUGCCCUGGGAGUUUGUGGCCUUCACAUCCUUAGAAAUAUUCAGAAGCCAUUUGGAAGUGGUCCUGGCCAGUGAGCUGUAGGUGGCCUUGCUUGAGCAGUGUGGGUUGAACACCAUAACUUCCAGUGGAUUCUUGCCACCUGAGCGUCAAUUCUGUGAUGCUGUAGCUGUUUUGUAUACCUCUGAUACUGAGGCCAUUUGAAGCAGUAGGUCAUAUGAGUUUAGUAAUUUGAAAGCUGGAUUUUUUCAGAAGCAGAGUAAUAGUGAAUUGUGCAUAAAAUUACUGUUAAUUUACAGGUACUAUUAAAAAGGUGAGAAAUUAUCACUCAUGUCCUUUGGUUCAGUCUGCUAUUCAGAGCCAGUGUUAAAGUUAGCUUGCUCAGGACUGUCUAGUUGAGAUCUGAAUAUUCUACAGGGAUGGCAGUUCCCAUGGAGUACAACUUCUGUUAGCAUAGCAUUCUGUCAGCUGCAGUUGUGCAUGUAUCUUAAGGAUCAGAUAGGAACUUGAGCUGGGUAACAUAAGAGGAGUUCUGCCCAAAUGCAUCAUCUGCAAACUGCUUUUUGUAAAUUGCUAGAUUUAAUAUCUACCUAUUUUCUCCAUGUAGUUGUGUGUUGAUGAAAUUAGUAUAGUUCUGCAUAUGUAAAUGUAAUUACUUAAUUUAUAAAUAUUAUUGCAAUGACAAUGUUGGCACUUUGUUUCUCUUUGUUCAGAUUCUUGUUAUUUGUAUCCUAGUUUUUUUUAUCUCAAGUUGAAAAGUACCUAUGAGGAUCAUUGAGUCCAACUCCCUUCUCCUCACAGGACUACUUAAAACUAAGCUGUAAGACUAAGACUAUCAUUCGGUUGCUUCUGGAACUCUGACAGGCUUGAUGUCAAUGACUGCUUCCCUGGGGAGCCUGAAGAACCUUUUCCUAAUGUCCCAUCUAAACUUCCCUAGUGCAGCUUCAUUGCAUUUCCUUCUGUCCUGUCACUGGUCAGCAGAGAGAGGAGAUAAGCACCUUCCUCUCCGCUGUCCCCUGCUGAGGAAGUUGUAAACUGUGAUGAGGUCACCCCUCAGCCUUCUCUUUCCUGGGCUAAACAAGCUACUCAUGGUCUUCCAACACAGGUUUCUGGGAGUCCCAGGGUCUGUCAUUGGUGACAGAUGUGAAGAAGGCAUUAAAUAUCUCUGCUUUGCAUCCUUAUUUGUGAUGUGACUAACCUCAUCAAGCAAUGGACUGAUGUUAUUUCUGAUCUUCCAUUUGCUGUUAAGAUAUUUUGAAAAGCCCCUUUUGUGUCCUUCAGAGUACUGGUCAGCUUGAAUUCUAAUUGAGCUUUGGCUGCAUGAGUCUUCUCUCUGCAAUGGUAAACAACAUCUCUGUGGUCUUCCUGUGUCAACUUAUCUUGCUUCCAAUGUCCAUGCAUUGCGUAUGUAGUACUUCUGUGCAUUCACUUGAAGAUAAUCUACAGAGAAACAGAAGUUUCUUACAUCCUGUUUUCUAAAGGACAACUCACCCCUCCCCUGCCUCCCGUUAUUUUUUUCUAUAAAGAUAUUUUAUGAGGAGUUUUGCUGAAAUUCUCUCCUAUGGCUUGACUGUCAAAGCCAUCAUAUAGGAAAGAGAAAGAAACUGGAAACUAAAGUGAAAAAACUUGAAGAGGCUGCAACAAAGCAUACACAGGACUUCAGACAACUAAAAACUGAAAAGAAAAGGCUUGAAAAGGAACUGAAAAAAGCACAAGGAAAACUUGAAUGUGUAAUUAAAGAGAAGUGCAGAAAACUUAAACAUGCAGAAACUCAGAGUUCAAGUGAAGAUCUUGCAACGUAUAUAGACAAAGGAAGAGCGAUGUUCUUAUUAGAACAACUCCGGAUGUGCAUUGACAGUGCAAAAGGAAAAAGAGAGAAUGAGAAAAAUGAUCCUGUCUUAGACACCAUACAAAUCCACCACAAGAUCAGGAAGAGUGAUGGCAAAACACUACCUUGGUGUUCUUCAGGGGAAAGUGCUGUAAAGCAAAAUUCUGUUACAGCGAUGAUAAGUCAAACGAGUACUGAGCCUUUUGGACAUGAUUGUGCUGUGAACAGGACUACUGAAGAACAACUUCAUAGUGGUGAGGAUAAAAAUGUAGAUGUGAUAAUACAGACAGGCAGGGAGCACAGCACUUCAGGCUUCUCCAGUCAAGAGCAGAGAGACCCAGGUGGAAAUGUGAUGGAUAUAUUGAAUUGGGCCAGACCUCUUCCUGCUCUACUUUCUCCAGUACAGCUUUCACCACUGACUACACAGGAUAUGUUCUUGGGAGAAGUCACAGGUUCCAGUGAUGAAGAAGAUGAUUGCAGUACUUCUGCACUGGAGGAUAUUUUACAAGAAGACCAAGUUCAGCCUCUGAGUUGUAAUGUAAUCAUCCCUGAUGAUGAGUGUAACAGACAGUGCAAAUCAUGUGAGCAUGGUUUUGAUGCAGAAAUCUCACUUAAUCUGAGUUGGAAUGAAAAGAAUGUUCAUAUCAGUCCUAAGAUGUCAAGGAAGGAGAGAGAUGCUGAAAGAAAGCAAGCUGAAGGUGCUACUCUAAUGACAAACAUGGUAACUAACAAAAAUUGUUUGGAGGAGAAUUCUGGGGAUGUGGAAACUGAGAACAGAAAACUAACUGGAGAAACAGCACACAAAUCGGAAGACAUGGAAGAACAGAAAGGAGAUGGUGAGGAUGUGAACAGUGAAGAGGGAGAUUUUUCAGCAGAUUUUAUGUUACAAAGUUUCAAGUCUCAGAAUCAGAUAGAAAAAUGUAGUGUGGUAGAGCAAACAGAGGAGAAUGUAUCCUUAAUUAGAGCUGUUGAUAAUGAAGGUACACGUGAAAAAUGUGGUGAAUUAGUGAAUGUAGAGAGAGAUAAAUUAGUAGCACAGAGAGAAGCUUCCAGAGAAGCAUCUGUUCUGCAGAGUGUUUCUCAUUUCCUAUCUAAGCAAUGCAUUGUGCUUCAAAGAGAAGAUGCUGAGGAAAAAUCUGAUGAGUUCAUAGAAAAUGAAGUGGUUGAAAAUAAAUCAAAAAAUGCAGUCAAAUUAACUAAUAUGCCUGGAGCUAUUGAGAUCUCUGCACACUCUCAGUGCUCUGAAAUAAAAUAUGACAGUGAAGAGAUUCUGGAGAAACAACAUAUGCACACAAAAGACAAAGUGAACAGAGAAUGUGAACCAGAGACUGUUAAAGUCUCUAGGCAUUAUUUACCUGUAUCUGCUACUGAAGGAAUCAGAACUUUGUCAGUCUUUCCAAAUGAUGAACACCUCAAAAUUGAAGACAUGAAUAUAACCAGAGCUCCAACUCCUGAACUACCUAUGAAAUUUAACAGAGGAAGUGUUCUAGAAAUAGCUGAAUUGUCAGAGCUACUCCAUAGUGCAGAAAAUGUAAAACUAGUAGAUAUAAAGGAGGUGGUAGGUUUACAAAGCAAACCACAUGAGGAAGAUGGUAGUGAUUUAUCUCAAAGGAAGUCAAACUUAGAAAGUACACCUUCACUAUCAAAGACAGCAUGCAUUAUUGGUGCACAAAGCAGUGUAGCUAAGUGUGAAUCUUCUGCGUUAGAUUUUACAGAAGUGAAAGGUGAAAUAAAACAAUCUGAAAACUUAUGUAAGACAUUAGAAUGUGGGCAGUCCAAAUCUCAAGACUUUAGACUGUUUAAAUCUCUAGAGACUGAAGUCAGAGUUAAUUCAGAAGAUUGUGGAGGGGAAAUCAGUGAGUUGUUAGCAAGAGGGGAUACAAUUGAAUCUAUCUUAAUAGAAAGUAAUCCUGUUUCUCAGGAACAGUGUGCAAAACCUCUGACUCAGCUCUUGAUAACUGAAAAUUUUAAAUGUGAUGAAAUAGAAGGGAAAUUAAAUAAACAAAGCAAGGAAUUGGUGACUGAGACUUGCUUCAGUUCACUGAAGCAGGAAAAGAAUGUUGUGAAGAAAAAUGAUAUUUCAGAGAUCAUUUGCCAUCCUACUUCAGAAAUGGAAUAUAGAAGUGGCUUGGAUUUUUCUACUCAGAAGGACUUGGAGAAAUGCUGUAUAAAUAAUGGGGAAACCAAUUCUCCCGUGCAAAUGGGAAUUGGCUUGGAAUCCACAAGAUCUCCUGAUCUAAAUUUCAGUCUUCAGAAAGUUGUUGGUUUCCUUGAAACUAACUCAGCAGGAAAGGCUGCUUUUUCCUGUACUUGGGAAAACAAGGGACAUACAAAUUCCAUUAUGAGUAGUACAUUUAACUGUUCUUUGGAUAACUUAGAAGAGGAUGCUGAGAUUCUGUCUACUGAACAAGUCAACAUGGGCAAAGAACCAGGUUGCCCUGAGAGAGAAUAUGUACACAGAAAUGAAGAGAAAACUUCAGAUAAGGAGCAGCCAGUAGAUAAAGAACCUCAAGCAUCUGUUAAAUCACAGAUCAUAUAUGCAAACCCUUAUAAGAAGAAUGCUUUUCUCCAAAAGUUUGAUUGCCAAGAAUCGGGAUGCAGGACUUCUACGUGGAAGGUUAGAGCAGAUCCUUCUAGAACUAAUUCACUAACAGGUGGGAGAGAAAGUAAAGAACUGAACAGUUUUGUGGGUUCUGGGAAAAAUGCCAUAAUAAAUUGUAAAAGUGAUUUUGAUACGCCAGAGCAGAGCAAUGACUCUGAAGAAAAGGACUGUUCUAUACAAAAAGUUAAGUAUGUGAAGUGUUCUGAAUGUGUUCCAAUGUUUAGAAACAAACUGAGAGCUUCCAGCAGGAUUGCAUUGGGUGCUCUGGAAACUGGUGCAAUUGUUGAUGCUGAUUACCGAGUAUGUGAGCUUCAUUCAAUGAUGCACCCAGGAAGUACUUUCACAGUUAGUCACCUAAAAGCAGACACUGUCAUGGGUAUGAAUACACACUGUGAACCAAACAACUCUGGAGAUACUGCAAAUGAGUGGUCAAGUGUGACUGGGGAGAGUUAUCCUGAAGACUCAGCCUCUUGGAAAACGGAAUGUAUAUUAGUAGCCUCUGAAAAUACUGAGAGUGAUAAUGAACUCAUGGAGUCUAACAUAGAUGGAUGCAUCAGUCACAGUGAGGAAAGUCUAUUAAAAUCUGGAACAUCAAAAGAAAGCCCUGUGACGCCAAAUGCUUCAAAAAAUAGGUUGCCACUAUGCAAGAUGUUAAGCAGAUUCUCAGAAAAUUGCAGGCUGACUGUAAAAACCAGUAAAUUAAAUGCAAGAAUGUUAGCACUUGGCAAUUUCUUAGAAGAAAAUGAUUUUGCUAAACUUCAGUCAAAUGGGAAACAAGGUUUAUUACACAGUGUUGAUAUGGGGGUCUCAGUAUUUGAAGAAUAUAAUAGUAAUAAUCAAACUGCUUGCAAUACAGGAGAAAGCAGCACUGAUGUUAUCAUAGAUAGUGGUAUAAAAAAAAUUUUUCUCAAUUAUCUUCCAAAUCCAACCCUCUCUGAUGUAAGGUGCAGUUGUCAAACAGUUGGUCAGCUUUCUGAACCACAAAAGACAGUAUUUGAGAAGUUACAUAUGGUGGAAUCAGAGUCUUGUGCUCUCAAGAAGAGCAAUAAUGGGAAGUGUAAAGAGCAAGAACCAUCUGAAAUCUUGACUGUUUCUACCAAAACAACUGCCCAAGUAAUGCAUACCAAGCUAUCAAAGAAACUGUUUCAAGGUAAAAGAAAGACUCAGCCAGUUCUUGCAAAUGCUAAUACUUCUGUGGCAAAAAAAUGCUCAUCUGAGAUGAUAAAUAAAAUCAGAGAAGAGAUAGGUCCUCCUCUGCCCCCCUUGCUACUGCCUCUGAUUGCUACUCCUCCAAAAACUGCCUGUACUGUGUCCCCGGUAAUGUCUUCUACAGGUCAAUUCUCUCUGCUUUCCCCUCUUGAUGACCUGAUAUCUCCACUAUGCAAAACUCCGGUUCUUCCUCUCACGUCCCCAUUAACAGAUACUCCAGCAGUAAAAUCUGCUGUUUUAUUUUCUCCUCCCUCGCCCUCAGAAAUGGCAGUAGGUAGAAGGAUUCGCUCCUCACCUUUGAAAUUUUGUACUUCCAUUCCAAAGCAUGCACUUCCCGUUCCAGGAAGAUUUCCUCUCUUUGCAGCAGUUAAUGCUGGUCCAGGUGCCCCUCAGGAGAACUCUGUGAAAAUAUUGGACACUAUGUAUCCAGAGCUGUCUGCAAGGGCAAGGACACUAAACAUUCUGAAAGGCAAUAUUCAGCUUAACCGAUGUACUCUUUCAGACAGCCAAAGUUUGCCAGGACCUGUGUCUCAAGUAGGUGGAUUCAAAGCAAUUGCGUCUACAUCAACUGCUUUUGUUAAAGCUGGGAGCAAUUUGAAAUCUCCUAGUGGCAAAGAUGAAGACAAAGAUGUGCAAAAUCAGCAAUUCUUUUCAAAUCAUCUCGGAAAAAGGACACUACUGCAGGUAUCUAUGCCAAGAAGUGCCAAAAGACUGAGGCUGGAGAGUGAACCGCCAAGGAUGGAGCCCAGUGAUGUUACUGCUGUCAGAAAUACUAAAAAUACCAUCUCUGAAAUGCAGGAGGCUUUCCAUGGUAUAAGCUAUGAAAUCAGUGAUUCAUCACAGUGUUCCAGUUUAGAAGAAUCAUUACCAGUAAAGAAGGAUUCUGACUGCCAGAAAGUUUCUUUGGCAUUAAAGAAAGUUGCUGAAUCCUGUUUUGACUUGUUACCAGUUAUCAAAGGUCAUGUGUAUGUUGGUAAUAUCUCAAAGAUUCCAGUAAUGAGAGAUGAAGAGAGAGAAGUUGUCUAUGAAUUUGGUAUAAAAAACAAGCAUUUAGCAGAGUCCUUGCUGCAUGUUAUUCUCAAUAAGCUGAAGGCUCAGAAGAAUGCCCCAAAUUAUAAUUUCAGUCAGGCUUUGUGUCGACUCUAUGCAGGAAUUUGUCGACAGUUGGGAGAUUUGGAAAGAGCCCGCCUUUUCUGCUAUAGUCUACUUAAAGAAGACUAUCCAGACUCAGAAAAAUUGAUUUUAUUUAUCACAAAUGUAUGGUCUGACAUAUUUGUCUUCCAAGGUGCAAUUAACAAAGCUAUGCAAUUAGUUGUCAGGAAUAAUGCAAGCAAUGAGAUGCUGGCCUGUUUAAGUGCUUAUCUCAACUGGGAACAGAGUUCAUCUUUAGAUGCUGGUAUUAUGGUCUCAAACCUGCUUUUAGAAAUGCAGUCAUGUACAAAAGUAGAAUUUCACCUGAGUGAGCAGUAUGGAGAAGAUCUCAGUGAAGAUGCUUGGCAGUAUAUAUUUGCUGUUGAUUUACUCUGCUCUCAUAUGAAGUGGGAUUGGACACAUGAUAACGUUAUAAGCAAAAUGCUUUGGCCUUCUAUGGAUAACUGGAUAAAGAAGAGAAAGGGGCAUGAAACUGCUCAAUCAGUUCGUGAUAGUGUUAUAGCAUUGACACUCAGGCUAAUUGGUCGAUUAGGACAAAUAGGUUUGAAGGAAGGCUAUCUUGCUGCAGUGAAGAAUAUUAGUUCAGUAAUUGGACUGUUUGUACAGCAUGCAAAAGAGGAAGCUAUUCCUUGGGGUGUGCAGCUGGCAGCCAUAUAUUCACUAUGUGACUUGGGUUCAAGCAAUCCAGAAGGUAUUGUUGAGGCCAUCCAUACCUGGAGAGCAAAAGUUCAUGACAACAUCCCUUCUGCUAUCACCGAUGGCAUAGCUGAAAUCACCUCUCUGUGUGAAAUGGAGAUAAACUAAAAUAUAGGGAAGUGGACUGAUCUAUAGGAAAAAGUGCCUUACCAAUUAAGCAGUAGUUGGUUCCAGUUAAAAACCAUACCAAGUGCUGUGUCUUCUUGUAUUUCAUGCUUUUAAUCAGAAUGUCUGAUCAUACAAAGCAAGGUCAAGUAUUUUAUUUGGCUUUUCUGUUUGAAGGAAGAGUUUUUAUAAAAUAAACAAAAAUACUUGCUUUUCCUAGUAGCUAAUUAGUGAUCUGAAAAUGAGUGCAUCUUGAACUCCUGAUAUAUUUCUGGUUUGAUGACAAUAAAAAUCAGUAACAGUUUUCAUUUUUCUACCUACAUCAGUUUGGAGUAUGGACUAUUUGACAGAAUAUUCAGCGUGACUUGAAAAUCUGGCUCUAUUAUUUUGUACUGUUUUUAUAAAGUGACCAUUCAGAUAGCAGAACAUUCCCCAGAUUCCGUUUUAUUUUGCUUGGGUUGUCUUAUAAACUUAAUUUAAAAUACUUGUGGAAAACAGGUAGGAAUUUACUUUUUUUGUAGCCAUCAUGUAUGGAGUAACAGAUACUAAAUCUAAACUUGUAUAUAUGGUGUAUUCUGAUGUGUCUCACAUUUGAUAUUUUUUCCACUUGGAGAAUUUUGUGUAUGUAAAUAGAGAGUUGGUUGAAAAAAAGUUCAUGUUUCUAAUGAUAGCUUCACUACACUCUGUUUUUGUAUCUUUCAUAAUAAAAGAGAUGAAUACUAUUGUGUUCUUGUUGACCUUUUAAAUAACCCAGAGUUAACUGUGUUUGUAGCUUAUAUAAAUACUGUUUUGGGGGGCAGCAGGAAAUUGCCUGUUGAGGUAAUUUCACUGAAUGAAUUGUCCAUAACAUUGCAGUUCUGGACAUCUCUCCAAAAGUUUCUGGUAUGCUUUGGAGGCUUGGGAAGUAGCUUCAAAAAAUUAUUGAAAAUUUGUAUUUUCACUCUGUGGUUGUGCCCAUGUUGAAGGGGUGAGCUUUGCUAAUGCAGAUUCUUAUUGUAAUGGGACCUAGCUUCUGACAGAGUUUUGUGGUGCUGUAGAGCAAAGUGGCCAUUGAUUUCAGUUGCAGCUAUAGCUGCUUGCACUCUGGACAUCAAAUUAACCUCAGUGAGCUCACCACAGACAAAUUCAGUCAAUGAAAAAUAAUCUAGUAGUAUUGGUGAUACCUGUGCACAAUAGGCAUUGCUACAGAUGUCUGUCAUGAAGGCUUCCAAUUUGCCUCAGGUUGAAACUGUAUGAUGUCUGCGACUCUGCACAUUUUGGUGAUUAUGAAGGCUUUGAGGAUUUUAUGUGUAACCUUCAUUUACCCUUCUUGCACUAAAAUGAGUACAAAAUAUCUGAAGUGGAAGAAGUCAAAAGAAAACACAGGUUGACUGUAAAAGAAAGUAUGGAUCAUAAAUCUGAAAACUAAAGGAAAUGGGAAACAGAACAAAUAAAAAAGUUAGAAACAAAGUGAGUAGAGGAUCACAGAUGCUUCAGUGUAAAAAUAUUGCAACCCAAAAAUCUUCACAGCAGAUAGAAUACCCAUUUCCUUUAGAAUUUGUAUAAAACACUGGCAUUUGAAGUAUGUGAGAUUCACAGGAGAAAUACCAGAUUUUUCCAAGACAAAAAAAUCUAAAACUAUACUAAUUUAAAACCAAAUGAAAAAAAAUUCAACCUACCCUCAAACCAUUUUCAUGAGAAAUAUUCUGCUUAUGUAAGAAAAGAUUUUGUGUGUACUGGAAACAUAAAACUGAUUUUAAUUCUGUGUCCCUCUCUACUGCCCACCCAAUCAAACUGCAUUGGAAUAAGUAAAAUUAGAAUAAUUGAUACCCUGAAGGUAUUUGCUUCUGUUAAAUACUAAUCACUCAUCAUUCAUCAAAAAAAACUUGUAACUCCCACACACAGUGUCAAAUUUACCAUAUUUAAAAAGCUAUAAAAUGUUGAUAUCCAUAAAGGAUAGUGAUUUUCAGUAUAUGGAAUGCUUUAUCCAUCUCAAUAUUUGUUCAAAAUACUAAAGUCCAAAAUAGCCAUUAAAACAGGGAUUUACAGGUUUCUAUCAUCAUUUGCAGAUUUUUGCUUUUUUUUGGUUCUUGCAUAAAUAUUAAGUGUGUAGCUUGUCAAAAACUAUGUGUAUCAGGAAAUGUUCAAGUUUUCACUUCCUCCAUGCCUUCUCAUAUUCCUAAACCAAAACAUGAAAAACUGUCUUAACUGCUAAGACAUUACUGUCAACAAUACAAGGCUAGACAAAAUGCUAACAGUCAAAAUUCAUGUUAGAUUAAAAUACUCAGCUCUAGCAGUUCUCCUGCCUCAAAUACAGAAGACAGUAAACAUCUAUAAUAAUUUAUUUAUAAGGGUAAUUCUGGCUAUAGGCUUCUGAGUUCAUAACAGUAUUAUUUGAUAUUUGAAAAAUACCUGAUAUGUAUUGACUCCAGGAGAAGAAACUUGUCAUAAAUAUUGGAGAGCAGUGUAACUUUGUCUAUGUGUAGAUGAACAGGAUACUGGAAUAAGUUGGUAAAGAAAAAAUUUUAUUUAUCUAUUUUUCUUGUUUAGUUGCUUUCAUACUAAAAGUUAUUUUUAGAGUGUCUGAAUCCUAACAUGUUGUACUGGCAGAAUUAUUUGAUUGUUUACUCAGUCAUCCCUUGCUGGAAUACAAAUUUUGGACAUACAUACCUUUUAUUUAACUUUGUUUCUACAAAAAGUAGCAUCUUUGGGCUUGGCUAUGUGUUACACCACUAGGGUAUUUUCCAGGAUGAUUCUGCCUUCAAGGUAUAGUAGGAAAUGUUUUUCAGUGUGAAUUAUUUCUUCAUAAAAUAAAAAAAUGUUGGACUCUAGACUGCUUAAAAUUAAUCUCUAGUUAUUUUAUCAAACCCUCUGAUACUGAUGUAUGGUCUGUUCUAGCUUCUGCUUUCACCUGCCUGUUUUGAACAAAAAGGAUUUCUGAUCUGGACACUAGAAUAAGACCAAAGCAGUUGUGAGUUUUCCAGCUUGAAAUGACUAAUGAAAUUACAUGCUGUACUCUGUUUUAAUUAAUGAAACUGCAUGUAUGAGUGGAAACCAGUCCAGAAAACCUGAAGAUUUGUUAUAAAGAAGCUGAAAUUACAUGGUUAAAACACUUUGGAGUAUCACCAUUUAGCUUACAUUCUUCCCACUAUACCUAAUUUUUCACUUCAAGAAAAGUCAGAGACUACUCUUCAAAAGAUGGACAAAUUAGCAAGAAGGAUUUGUUUAGAGACAGGAUUUGCAAUUACACUGUUACUGGCCUGAAUAGGCUGAAGUCUUGUUUUGCAAAAUUCUGAAACUCAUUUAACUGUUCAGGAGUUUAUAAAUCCAUGAAAUGCUAAUGAUUUUGGGUGCUCUGAGCCCAUCUAUUGCAUUCAAUUUAAUGCAACUCACAUUACAAAAUUACU